AUGGGAUGUUCCAAUAGCAGUUUUGGAGGCAGUUUUAUUUUAUUGGGGUUCUCAGAUUGGCCUCAACUGGAGCCCGCCCUUUUUGUCCUUAUUUCGAUUUUCUACUCUUUAACUCUCCUUGGAAACACGACUAUCAUCGCUCUCUCUGUCCUGGACCCUCAGCUGCACACACCCAUGUACUUCUUCCUCUGCCACCUCUCCUUCCUGGACCUCUGCUACACCACCAGCACUGUGCCCCAGCUUCUGAUCAACCUCCAUGGGCCAGACCACACCAUCACCUAUGGAGGCUGUGUGGCCCAGCUCUUCAUCUCCCUGGCUUUGGGCUCCACUGAAUGUCUGCUCCUGUUAGUGAUGGCCUUUGACCGUUAUGUUGCUGUCUGCCGUCCACUGCACUAUACAACCACCAUGCAUCCCCAGCUCUGCCAAGUACUAGCCUUAACCUCCUGGCUGGGAGGCUUCAUGAAUUCUCUGAUUCAGACAGGCCUCAUGAUGGCCAUGCCUCUCUGUGGCCUCCGAGUACUAAACCACUUCUUCUGUGAGAUGCCUGUCUUCCUGAAACUGGCCUGUGUAGAUACCAAUGGGACAGAGGCCAAGAUGUUUGUGGCCAGAGUGAUAAUUUUGGUUUUUCCUGCAGCGCUGAUUCUAGGCUCCUAUGUCCACAUUGCUCGGGCUGUGCUGAGAGUCAAGUCCAUGAGUGGAAAAAGAAAGGCCUUUGGAACUUGUGGGUCCCACCUUCUGGUGGUGUCUCUUUUUUAUGGUUCAGCCAUAUACACAUACUUCCAGCCCAGGAGCAGUUAUUCUGAGAGUCAGGGCAAGUUUGCUGCCCUGUUUUACACUAUAGUUUCCCCCAUGCUCAAUCCUCUGAUCUAUACCCUAAGGAACAAGGAUGUGAAAGAAGCUCUGAGGAAGGUGCUGGGAAUAGGCAGAAACUCAGGGUAG